AUGGAAAUGAUGGAUGACCAAACAAAGCAGCUAUACCUUGAGCGGGGUCGGGCAUUACUGGAGUCUAGACGCUCCAUGGAUAUUAAUCGUAGCCCAGAAGAGACAGAACGACUAAAGCAACGUGGUCGCCUACUGCUGAGCGAGAGAAAACAACAACAACUACAGCUACAGCAACAACAGCAACAUCAACAUCAACAGCAAGAGCAACAUGCGUAUGGAGACGGAACAAAUCUCGUUCAUAAUUUUGCAACUUCAUCUACGGAUUACUUUUUGCACGACAGAGUAGAAGAAGGUACGGAGGAUGGUAUGACUGAUAAACUACCCAACGCUAUAUUGGUACCAAAAGAUAGUGUGAUGAAGGAUCAUACUGAUACAAAAAGUGUAUCUACUUCACUUGAACAGGCUGCAACCGUUAAUGAGUCCUCUCUUCUUGACUCCGUUCAGGAGAAGCACACAAUGGAUAUCAAAAACAAGGAAAUCUUGAAAAAUGAUUCUUACAUGUCUCAUGAGAACCUCGACAAACAGCUGGACGAAAUCAGUUACUUGAAAGUUGAACUUGCCAAACGUGAGGAGGAGAUUGAACGCCUCAUAAAAGAAUCAAAAAAUAAAAUUAGUCAAGAAGAACUUGAAGAUAUAAGAAUGACACUUAUCCACGAAUAUGAACAUGUGCAACACCAAAUGGAGGCUAAAUAUCAAGAACAACUUCAAAACACCAACAAACAAUAUAUGGAUGUCAAUAAUAAGCUUCACCAACUUGAAUCUCUGCUCGAAAGCAAGACGAAUGAAAACCAAGAACUUUUAUUGCAGCUCCAGGAGGAGAAAACUAUCAAAGAGAAACUUCAGGAGGAAAACCAGCAACUUAGCGACAGAAACAAGGAGCUUGAGAAAGAACUCUCCUCCGUAACAACAACAAUGUCUUCGCUUCAGCAGGAAUUAACCUGUAGUCAAGAGGAAUUAAACUCUCGACAAAAUACAAUCGGAUAUCUUCUACAGCAACUAGAUGAACUUCAGAGCACGAAAAACACUGAUGAAGGAAUUGAUGAAGAGUUCACAAAAACAAAAGAUAUGGAAUACCUUCUCCAGCAGUGUGCUGCUGCAGAACAGGAGCGUGUGGCUGCGGUGAAUGCCCUUCAAAGCAUGAAGGCUGAAUUGGAGGGUCAACGACAGCGCAUCCACGAGCUGGAAAAGCCGAAGCUUCCCGAUCCGCCACGUGCUGCAGCCCCAGCUGGAAAGAAC